AUGUCGACUAGAAGUGAAGUGAUGGCCAUUGUGGCGCAAUGGGUUGCAACUGAUUUUGAGGUGAAAGUGCCAGCAUCCUUAAUUAAAACUGAAAAGGAAGCUUAUGACAAAUUUCCCUCGGAUUUUCGACAAGAAUUGUAUGACGGUUUAAAACCUCACUGCGAUAAAUUUUUUGAAAGCGAAAGUUACAAAAAUGGCCAAACGGAAACCUAUGGAUAUGGAAUAUGUUGUGAUGUUCUUGGAAUGUGUGGAAUGUCGGGCUGGCUCAUCUUCUUUAUCAUUCUGAUCGUUCUUCUGUGUCUUGCCGGUGCAGCUGCUGCCUUCUGGUUCUUCUAUUACAAAAGAAAGAUGGGCGGUCGUGAUGAAGAGAAGGAGAUCGAGUCGACUGCUGACACUGCCACCACUGGACAUGAUAUCUCAGUGGAGACUUAUUGA